AUGACUAGGGAUGAGUAGUUUGAGAAAAAAGUGCGUCUCAUAUUCCCCCACUAUAAUCAAGACAAUGAUGAUGAUUCAAUGAGUGUUAAGAUAGUAAGCGAGAACUAACUUGAACACAUUAUUAAGCUAUGCAAUAUUUACAAGAAAUCUGUUAGAUCUCUCAAUGAUCAUGCUAUCUCAGCCUAUAAGGGCAUCAAUAUUCACUUGGAUUACACAAACUUCAAUCAAAUAAAGAGGGUUAACAUUCCUGAUUCUAAAUGCAAGACGGAGCCAGGUAUCUCUGUAGAGAGUCUGAAUCAAUAGCUUUAACCAUUCAAUUUCUAUGUACCAUACAUAACUCCAGGCUUGAAUGAGAGCACAAGUGACAUUUAGCUUGAUCAAGCAGUCUAGGAAAACCGAAUAUGCCUUUAAAGUUUGAAAUAUGGGCACUUCAAAGACUAAGCUUUGGAGAGAGUUUCCUUUGUGAGUGGGGAAGGUAGAAUGAUUCAGACGGGAGGCUACAAAGUUCGUGAUACGCAGUCUUUCGGUUUUAAUGUGACUGACUUAUUUUCAGGGAGCACUUAUACUAUCGGACUUCUGUUUGAAGUUGUAGUAAACUGUUUCAAUCAGAAGCACAAUCAUAAGGGAUAGCUUUAUGAGAUGAGACUGAACGACUUCACAGAGAUUUGGAAAUUAGCGAGCAACUUUAAAGCUUAUGUGGACUAAAAAGACGAGAAACAGCAAUCUCUUGUGGAUGCAGUCAUAAUAUCUAAUCUAAACCAAACUGAUAAAACUAUCCUAGUCUCAUCUUUUGACUUCAAUCUAAACAGUUCCAACUCUAUUAAGGACUUUUCUUCGAGUAUUAGCAAAAACAUCAAGUCAUUGAAGAGUUAAACGACCUAGGAGACUAUACUAGACUCUAAAUUCGUUUAAAAGUUCGCCUUUGCUUCUCAAGGAAAUAAAAAUGUGGAUCAAGAGAUCGUACUUACCGUUUCAAUAGGAAACGGCAUAAGUUUCUUAGAAGAAUACAAAGAGAUCUUCGAGGAGUUCCCAUUUCAAAUUCAUUUGCUUAAGAAGUACAUCAACAUUAAACUUUGCUUUGAUUCGAACAAUGAAGAACAUAAGGUUAUACUAGAUAGAGUUACAUCAGAGGUAAUAAAGAUAGGUGGCACCUUAAAAGCAAGUAGAAAAGUUUUGACAAUGAUUAGUCCCUACUUGGAUAAACGCAUCCUUGGUAAUUACAAUAUGAAGGUGCACAAUGGACUGAAGUAGAUCUAUGAUCCCAAGGAUGUUUUAAAUCCUUCAUCAUUCUUUUAUCUUAGGGAAAAGCAAGACAAGAGUGCCAUUAAGAGACUGAUGGACAAAAACAAACAAAUAAACUACAUAUUAUCGAAAUGA